GCAGUGUUUUCUAGAGCAAGCUUUUCUCUCCCCAAAUCACUUCCACAGUCGAGGAACCAGAGCCGGAAGUCAACAGAGACCGCCGACUACUCGACUGUUGAGCCAACGUAGAGCUAAAUACAAGCAGAAUGGCGGACGAGGAGGACGAGACUGGCUACGACGAGGAGGUGGAGGAUGGAUCCAGCGGAGUAGAUGUCGGCCACGGGAAGAGAAAGAGGCUCUUCUCCAAAGAGCUCCGGUGUAUGAUGUACGGAUUUGGAGACGACCAGAACCCUUACACGGAGUCUGUGGAUAUUCUGGAGGACCUGGUGAUCGAGUUUAUCACGGAAAUGACCCACAAAGCUAUGUCUAUCGGACGCCAGGGCCGCGUCCAGGUGGAGGACAUCGUCUUCCUCAUUCGCAAGGACCCCAGGAAGUUCGCCAGGGUCAAAGACCUACUGACCAUGAACGAAGAGCUGAAGAGAGCCCGGAAAGCUUUCGACGAAGCCAACUAUGGCUCCUAACCUGACCGUGGGACACUUUUUGGACCUACAAUAUUUCUUUUUUUAUUUCUGUUCAACUCAAACAGUCAUUCGCUCACCUGUGCUUUUGAGCCAUUUGUUUAGGCCGGACUUUCUGUCCGAAUUCAGUGUUUUUUGUGAUAUGUGAUGUACAUUAUUUUAUAUGGUGGUAUGACAGUGAUGGGCAGAUAAAGAUGUCAUACUGUCUGGGACUGUUUAAAUAAAGUAACUUACAUAUUUUCA